UCUGCUGUCUCUUUGAAAACAUCGAGUGAUGAUGUCCCUGCUGCCAUGUCAGAAGCCAAAGAUGCUGAUAAGAAGAUAGGAACUUUUCAAUCUAAGAACACAAGUGAAUCAUUUGACGUAUCUCAUCAAAAGUACCAUGAAAAAGGUGCUUAUGUACAAUCCAAAUCCCAACCUGGAAGACCCUCGAAGAGUAUUGAUAAUUUAGAAAAUAGCGGUCGGUUGAAAGAAAAAAAUGGUAUGCGUCAACUUCCGGAUCUUAACCUGUCUGUGGGAAAGUCUGCUACUAAAGCAGCAAAAUCUGAAUACAUGCACAGGAAAGAUGGGUCUAGUGCUAGGCCAAAAUCUUCAAUGCUUGAGAAGACUCUGUGCGAGUUAGAGAAAAUGGUUGCAGAGUCAAGGCCCCCUGCAGCGGACCAGGAGGCCGAUAAUACAUCCCAGGCAGUCAAAAGGAGGUUGCCUAGGGAAAUAAAGCUAAAGCUUGCUAAAGUGGCUAGACUAGCGGCCAGCCAUGGGAAAGUAUCAAAAGAGUUGAUUAACCGCCUUAUGAGUAUUCUUGGGCACUUAAUGCAACUCAGAACAUUAAAGGUAUUGCAUAUGCUAAAUAUAAACAGAUAACCCUUCAGUCUCAGUUGUGCCCAAUUCCAACUUCUGUCUCCCCCUGCCCCUCUUCCAGCUGAUAUAUACUAUUACAGUCCAGAAAUUAUUGGUGUUAAGAUUUGAGCAUGCCUGUUUUUUUCUGAAAUCCCCUGUCCAGAGUUGCUGCAUUAUAUACAACUUUUUUAGUUUAAUUGUUGGAAUGUGAUUUUAGAAUAAUGGAAAUAGACUUUGAUUAGAACAUUCUUGACCUAACCACAUGCAUUCUUAAUUUUGAUUAUGGACUGAGUGACUUUAUUGCGAGAAUGUGACUUGAAAAUAAUAGAUAUAUGCUUUCAGUUU